AUGGGCACUCAAGGACUAGUCUUCAAAGACAUGGGACAGGAUCCUCUGGACCUACUUCCCGUACCGGAGACAAAUCCGACUGCUCACGAAGGCACGACAACUACGCUACUCGAUGCGCCUACGGAAAGCCAUGCGUUAGCUUUGGAAGCAGCAAAGGCAGCUGAUCCGACCGAGGCGGGAGUUGCACAAAUUCCGCACGAUGAAGAAGUCGUAGAUCUUGGUUGGAACGAACCAAAGGAACAUGUCGCCAGGCCUCUUGUUGGCGGUCUGUCAAACGAGGAUCUAUGGCUACUCGUUCGUCGGUUCAACAAGGAAAUUACCACAGCUGCCCCCGGAGGCUUGGACUUGAACAUCGCAGACGAGGAGGAAUUCUCACCUGACAAGCUACGUGCCAAUAUCGAGCGCCUUUACAUGACUAUUGGAAUAGGCAUGAUGUCGUUCGGCAAACACAUUGUUCGAUUACGAUCGUGGCGAGAGACUCGCAGAACCGCAUGGUUCUGCACUGCCUAUUUUCUUGCCUGGAUUCUGAAUCUGAUCAUGCCUCUGAUUUCCAUCACUUUGAUCACACUCAUCGUCUACCCACCAGCACGCGAAAUCAUGUUCCCACCUGCUCCUCUCGCUCUCGUCAGCUCUAAGGGAGGUGUACAGAAGCCCAGGGCAGGAGUGCUUGGAAGCACCGACAGUGCCACUGGUGCUGCUGAGAAUCACAAAGGAGAAGCCGUUGAGCAAGAAGCGUCGAACUUCGUCAAUGGUAUUGCUUCGGUGGCCCUGUCAAGUGCUACAGGCAAGCAUCCACAGGGCGAACCGCCGGAAGGUGACGCACAUGAAAAACUUGUUCCAGACCCCACGCGAAUAGCCAUUGGUGCAGCAGAUGCGAAGGACAUCACCGCGGGUGUGGUACCGUCUAAGCAUCACGACAAGACCAAGGUUCCCAUGGAGACUGCAAUGUGGACGAAGAUGCGCCCUGUUAUGCAUGGGCUCGCAGACGUAACAGAUACUUGGGAACGCUUCGCCAAGUAUCACUAUCGUCUCGCGGCCGUUGUCGCCCCACUCUUACUAAUAUCACUCUUCAUUACCUCCUCCAUGUUCAUGAAGGGCCUUACUUUCGGGGUUGGCUUUGGAUUCUUCGGUGAUCCGAUCAUCACACGCGGUAUUGACCUCUUGAACCGUAAGGUUCCCAACUGGCAGAAGCUUCUUGAGCUCCGCAACACGCUACUGAAAGGAGUGCCAACCAACGCUCAACUCGCCAUCACCCUACUACGAGUCGGCGAGGCUAACAAGGCUCCUUUACCGCCACCACCACAUGUUGAUCACCCACCAGAGGACAAGCCCGUGGAUGUAAACGACCAAGAGCUGCGCGCUACGGGUGCUGAUUGGCCCCUAAAUGCUACUCAAGAAGAGCUCGAUGAAGCCAUGGCGCAUGAUCCCCUCACCGCGCACGAAACAGGAGGCGAAGACAUUGACAACGCCAAGGACUCGAACCGCGGCGGCAAGAAGAGCAAUAAGAUCGUCAACUUCUUCCGUGGAACAACCAAGGGAGGCGUCAAGACAGCAAUUGGUGCAGACAAGGUCAAGGCCGCCGUGGGCUCUCAACACGCAAAGAACCGCCUGGGCGCCGUGCCGCAUAAAGGUGCCGACAUGACCUCAGGCCCUAUCGAAUUCAAAUCCAGACACGAUGGCAAGAAGGGUCAUUUGUACAUUACUACCAAGGCCACGAUUCCGUGCAUCGCCUUCUCGACCGACAACACCAUUGAAAGGAUCGGCACUGCUGACCGUGAGGAUUUGCAUCCGCUUUGGUCUAUCCCUGUAGGCGACAUCAAGGAGAUGCGAAAAGUGGGAGGGUAUGGAUGGAAAGCCAAAUUAGUCGUGGGUUGGGCAAUGGGACGUGAAGUCGCGGACGGCAUUGUAAUCACAGACCGCAAGGGUGUCGACACGAGAUUGACAGCCAUGCCGUUGCGGGACGAGCUUUUUAAUCGUCUUAUUGCCAUGGGUGGCCAGAAGUGGGAGUGUUGGUAA